GUAUAAAAGCCCCGGUUCGAGUGGAGAACAGCAUCAGUCAACGCACCUACGUUCGUCGCACACCAACCCAAAACAACCAUCAACAUGAAAUUCCUCGUCUGCUUGGCUCUCUUCAUCGCCGCCGCCCAGGCUCAUGUGGUGGCGCCCGCUGUGGCCACCUACGCCGCUGCUCCGGCCCUGACCUACGCCGCAGCCGCUCCAGUGGCCACCUACUCGGCCGCCAUUCCCCGGGCCUACUCCGCCUACGCCGCCCCCUCCGUCUACGCCGCCCCCUCCGUCUACGCCGCCCCCUCCGUCUAUGCCGCCCCCUCCGUCUACUCCUCCUCCUACGUGGCCGCGCCCUCCGUGUACUCCGCCUACGCCGCCCCCGCCGUCGUCUCCACUCUGCUGAAGAAGUAAAGUGCUCAGAUCGAUCAAAUGCCAGCCGUCAACUUUGUCAAUGAUUUUGAUGUAUGAAAUAAAGCUGUGAAUUCACGAAA